CGAUAUCUUUAUAUUCGACGAGGAGGUUAAAUAAUAUCACAGGUUUUUGUCUGAAGAAAAUAAAGUUCAAGUUCAAAGAAAACUAUGCCGCCUAAAAAACGAAAGAAGGAAGUUAAGCAGAUAUCUAUAGAGCAAUUACCAACGAUAGAACCAGAUAUUCCUGAGGUGUUGGAACCAGAAGAGCCACCGAAGCCUCUGAUAUCAGUGGUAACAGGGGAACCAUACGGUCCCCGGGUUUGUUGCAUCAGCGAAAAGAAAGAAGAAGAAAGUUCUGACGACGAGCCUGAAUCUGAAAGCGACGAUGAACUUAAACACGAUGAUGUACCGCAAGUGCCUUCAGAAUUUUGGCACAUACAGAAGCUUAUUAGGUACAUGAAGGCCGGAAAUCAAACAGCGACCAUGGUGGCUCUUUGCCUUCUGAAGGAUUACGACCUUCAGAGCAAGAUUAUACAAAAAGCGAUUCAAGGAAUGGGAGGCCUAGAAAUCUUAGUGAACCUGCUCGAAACGAAAGAUUUAAAAUGUCAGAAUGGUUCUCUGACAGUUUUACUUCGGAUUGCAUCUUCCACGGAUAUGCGACGAUACCUGAUUGAUCUUGGAAUCGUAACACCGUUGAUUGAAAUGUUGAGGCAUCCAGCUAGAAAUAUUCAGGUUUUGGCUACCGAGACCAUGGCUAUCAUCGCUAAAAUCAGAAAAGCGAGAAAGCAAAUACGUAUACGAGGUGGUAUACCUCUCAUCCUGGAUGUAAUGGACGUUCCAGACAAUAUUCUAAAACGUCCUUUCGACGACUUAAACGAAACCAAUCAGGAGUUAGUCGCAGUUGCAAUUGGUUGUGCCAAGGUUUUGGAUUCUGUGAGCAGUAGCCCGAAAGUGAAGGAGGAGCUUUACAAAUACGGAGUGGUGAAGCUUAUGGAACGUUUCUUGAAAUCUACGUGCACAUCUCUGAUAAUACCCAUGAUGGGUACUGUUCAACAGUGUGCAAUCUUGAACGUAUUUCAGAAAGCCUUCGAACAGACGGACAUCAUGCCCAGUGUGGUAAGGCAUUUGAAGAAGACGGACGAUGUUAAAUUAAAGGAAAAUUGCGCAUUGGCUAUAUUCAAUUGCGGUACGAACAAAGUAGCAAGGGACAUAGUUCGAGAAGCAUCUGGUCUAGAUAUGCUGUGCAAGCUUAUACAGGACAAAAGUGUUUGCGCUAACAAGCAUCUGCUAGCUGCCGUCACGGGUGGAAUUUGGAAAUGCGCUAUAAGCGCAGAAAAUAUAAUAAGAUUCAAUCAGAAUGGUCUGGUGGCAUUAUUGGUGCCAUUUUUAGAAGAGCACGAAGACGAGGACGUACUGGCUCAUGUAGUAGGAGCCCUAGCUGAAUGUUGCAAAGAUCCAGCUAACAGAAAUAUUUUAAGAGUCAAUGAAGGUUUACCAAAGUUGAUAAAAUUAUUAAGUUCAACGUACGAACCUCUAUUGGAGAACAUACCCCUGGUGAUCAAAGAGUGCGCUCAAAACGAGGAAUGUAUGGACAUUAUUAACGACCCUGAACACAUCCUGGACGGUGUACGUUUAGUCUGGUCCUUACUGAAACAUCCCAGUGAUGUGAUUAAAAGAAAUGCUUGCCUCGCUUUGGUACCUUGUAUCAAAUACGCAAAAGAUUCCCCGGAAAUGGUACGGGCAUUCGUGGGUGGAUUGGAAUUAACUGUUAGCCUUCUUCAGAGCACAGACACCGCAGUGCUGAGCGCGGUAUGUGCCACCAUUGCUGAGAUCGCCACAGAUCCAGAAAAUCUUGGUAUUCUCAGUGAUCACGGUGUUGUGGAGGAAUUGUCGAAAUUAGUAGGAACGGAAGAUGAAAAUCUGCGUGCUAAUUUGACUUUAGCAAUAGCUCACUGUAGCGAAUGGGGUGAAAACAGUUAUAAAUUUGGCGAUCUGAAUGCAGUCGCACCACUUAUUACUUACAUGACCAGUAAAAAUAAAAACGUUCUUAGGGGAGUUUGUAUAGCUGCCUAUCAUUUAAGCAAAAAUCCUACAAACUGCAUCACCAUGCACUCCUCUGGGAUCAUAAAGCAUGUACUGCGGUUGGUAGGAUCAGAUGAUCCGGAAGUGCAAAUUGCUGCUGCAUCUACAAUUCGAAACAUUCGUAAACUUGCAUUAACAGCAGAAAAAUUACACUUUAAAGAGAUGUACGUAUCUCGUUUUAUGUGUAUCUAUUUUAUACUAAAGUAUAAUGUUCCUAUCUAUUGUUAUAUAAUCUAUAGAAACACACUGGAGGAGACAGAUUUCCUUCUGUAACAAUAACUCUCGACAUAUUCAACAGAAGAAUAAGAUUAAACUGAAGAGCAUAUAAUUGAAGCAAUUCAUUAGGAUUACAUCGAUACGUAUGAUUAUUCUUAUUUAUUAACAUAUUUACAUCUGUGUAUAAAAUAA